UUUUUUUUUGCUUCAGCGCGUGGCUUCCUUGGGUGUGUUCUUCUGCUUCUCGCCGUUGUUUUCCGUCUCAUUUUCCUGCUUGUUGUGUCCAGCCGAUUUAGUUCUUAGAUGUUUGCACUUUGGGGUCCCAUUGUUGGUUCUUGUUUGUGAUGUUGCCUUGUUCUCUUUACUCUUUGUUGUUUCCUCUCUAUGGUUCGCCAUGGGUUCUUGCUACCUCAUCUUGUGGUUUCCCUGCGUGUGUUCUUGCGGUGCCGCUCCUUCCUUUUGCUUCCAUCUUCGUACCUCGCUAUGGAUCUUGCUGCUUGUUGCCCCUAUUGCGUUUAGUUCCUAGGUUACAGUCGGAUUUUUGUUGGACAUGUUUUUUUUUGGGUUAUUUCGGUUCUCGCCUCUCUCUUGUCUAAAAGCCAGUGGCGCAUUGGGGCGGUUUAUGGAUCCGGCCAUCGGCUUUGUUUUCUCCGUACCUUUUUUUUUGGGUUCGUUCUAGGUUGUUGGAUCGAUUGGCCGAUCCCCGGCUUUGUUUUUGCUUCAGCGCGUGGCUUCCUUGGCUCCAAAGUUCACCCCUUCACGUCUUGUUGCUGUCUUCCUUUGUGGUGGUGUGCUCUCGCUGGUUCCUCUUGGGAUUUUGCACGCCGAAUUAGCAUGGAGGGUGUGGGUUGAGGCUGGAGGGAGUGGUGUAGGGUGGGUGCCAGUUUCAUUCGGUUGCGGUCGCUGCUCCGGCCAGAAGGAUUCCCAAUUGCAGGUGGCCACUUUUGUGUUCUUUGUAUGGUCCUUUUACCUCCCAUUCUCUGGUUUUCUCAAGCUGUUGCUUAGCUGGUGUCCCUUCCGUUGGGGUCUAAGCUGUUGACACGAAGAUGUCAAUCUGUAUGCUGAAAGAUAUACACCCGCGGGGUAGACACUGGACUGUCUGCACAAGGGUGUCAAGGAUGUGGGAUUAUCGCGGAGGCACCGAUGAUGAUGAUAUACGCCAUCUUGACCUUGUCCUCCUAGAUGCUGAAGGCACUGCCAUAUAUGCUGAGAUUGGAUCGGAUAAUGUGAAGGACAAGAAACCUUUGCUUGCUGAAGGGAAUAUCUACAUGUUCAAGAGAUUUAGGGUCCUCAACUCUAAAUCUUCUUACAGACCUGUUGAUUCAGAAUACAUGAUUCAGAUCACCUGCCACACUUUGAUUGAAGAAAGUAAUGCCUUCCAAACUGACUUUCCAUUGUACACAUAUAAUCUCACUAAAUUCCCUGAUUUACCUGCGCUUGUUGGUGAGACCAAGUACUUUGUUGAUGUUAUUGGCCUGAUCACAGAGGUUACUGAUCCAGUCACAGUCCAGCUCCAUAACCAGAGCAAGCCUACAGUCCGAAGGGCAAUUACAUUGAGAGACACUAGCAACUACGAGAUCAAGCUUUACCUUUGGGGUCAGAGAGCUUCCGAAUUUAACGCUUCUGAGAUAUAUGCAAUUGGCCAAGGAGCACCAGUCAUUGCAAUCUUUGUUGGAACACUUAUGAAAUCUUACAAAGGUGAACAUUCAUUGAGUGGGAAUGCAGCUUGCCGGUGGUACAUCAAUCCGGCUGUCCCCGAAGCGCAUGCUGUUUUAGAUAGACUACGCGGCACUUUCCAGCCUGUACAGCACGUUUCACCGGAUGAACAUACAGCUGCUCUUCAGCCGGUGACUAUUGAGGCCCAGGAAAAAACUUUGGAAGACAUGUUCAAGAUUAGCCCAUAUGACUUCCCACCUGAAGGUUUUCGAUGCACCAUUACUGUUUCAAGAGUCGACCCAUUCCUAUCCUGGUGUUUCCCAUCGUGCAAUCGUUGCAGUAGGGCUGCACUUCCUGAUAGCGCUGGAUACAAAUGUCCACACUGCAAAUGCACAGGCUCUAAAUUCAAGUACAGGAUAUGCUUCAUGGGCACUGAUGGCACAGAUGAAGCAGAAUUUGUACUUUUUGGUGAUAUGGGUCGUCGCCUUGUUCACAAGGAUGUUAAGGUUUUAAUGAGAUCUUGUCGCAGCGCUGAUGGAAUUCCAAGUGAAAUAGCCUCCCUGGUUUCUCAAAAAUAUCACUUCACAGUAAAUGUAUCCAGCAAAUCCUUCGAAAAACCACAACGAUCAUACGAGGUGAAGGACAUUCAUUGUGCAUACGGCCGGCAGACUACCAUUCCAGUGAUCAGAAAGUCCGGUACUACAUCCACUAAUGCCAAACGCAAAGCUCUCUUGCCAAUUGCUGAUUCAUCCAGCCUUUUGAAACCACACAAAGAACAAGAAGUUCAAGUUGCUGCUCUACCUCAGAACGUGAAAGAUACUCCUCCACCAAAAGACCCUCCAAGCUCUACUCCGUUACAGACCAGCCAGCCUUCUACUGGACACCCAACUGAUAGUGGAGGCGCCAGAGAUACUCCUCCACGGAAAGACUCUCCAAGUUCUGCGCCGUUACAAACCAGAAAGUCUUCUUCCACACAUCCAGCUAAUGAUGCUCCAGCGAGAAAUACCCGCAGGCGAUUACUUAUGAGCGGAGAAUCAACUGACGAAGGUUUCGACAAACAUCAUGAUCCUCUUAAUGAUGAGCUGGGACAUAACUUGGAUGAUGCUACUGCUAGGUCUCUCCCUCCUCCUCAUGGUGAUGGUCGUUCCAGUGCUCACGGCGCCGAUGGUUCAACCUAACCACUCUUACUUUCCUUCUUCGUGGGUGUAAAAAAAAAAAGUGAAUCGUCAGUUUCGGAAGUGCCACUUGUGUUCUUUUGCUGUUAAUAGGACUUAAUGCAAGAGCAUCCAGCUCAGAAAUCGUGCUUGUUACCGUUCUGGUUGUAUUUACCAACUUCAUAACCGGCACUUUCAUUUUGGUCUGAAUAUACCUCUGACGUGGACCUUGUUAACACUUAUCCUUUGUAUAUAAAAUCGCCGUAUCAAUUAGCAUUGUAAUUAAACAGCCUACUUUUGUUGUGCUAACAUUCGCUGGCACUGCCGUGCACUAAACAUAUU